AUAUUUUUCCACGAAUGUGCUAAUACUCAAAGUUGGUGUAUUUACAAAUUACUAGUUUUCAAAAUAAUUUUUUAAUAGUUUUUAGAAGCAAUUAAGUUCGAUAUAUAUAAAUUUCUAAAAUAAUGAAACAGAAUGAAAUUCCACUGGGUUUGAUUUACCAAUGAAUUCUGGUCAAGGCUAAAAAUGCUAUGCAUCUUACAAGUGUAUCAUAAUAAAAAAAAGGGCAAAAAAUAAGAAACAAAAAGAGAAAAAGGGAAAAAGCAUAACUGGAUUUACCAUAUUAUGGAAAGAGAAUAACUAAUUUUGCAUUCUAUCUGAAUUAUUUAAUCGUUUAUAGAGAGAAGUUGUUUGAGAGAGAGAAAUGGAAGAGAAACUGAUAAGCAGGCUAGAAUCGGCGGUGACGCGGCUGGAGUCUCUUUCAGCCGGAGGUUUCAGCGGAGGCGGAGAGAUCAGCAGAGACGCCAGUGCGGCAGGUCCUUCAAUUGCGGCGUUUGACGAUCUCAUUUCGCAGUAUGUUAACAACGUUAUUAGCGUCGCGGAGAAUAUUGGAGGACAGGUUUUGGAUAUCUCGAAGAUUAUUGAGGAGGCGUUUAACGUCCAGAAGGAACUUCUCGUUGAAAUCUCACAAACUCAGAAGCCUGACACGGCGGGGUUGGUUGCAUUCCUGAAACCGUUGAAUGACGUGGUUGCAAAAUUGUGUGCAUUAACAGAGGGAAGACAAUCUGAGUUCUUCAAUCACCAGAAGACGGGUGCUGAUAGCAUUGCAGCUCUCAUGUGGAUUGCAUAUACAGGAAAGAAUUGCGGUAUGAGCAUGCCUACCGCACAUGUUGAAGAAAGUUGGAAUAUGUCUGAGUUCUACAGUAAUAAGAUUCUCGUAGAGUACAAGAACAAAGAUCCGAAUCAUGUUGAGUGGGUAAAGGUUUUGAAGGAGCUCUUCAUACCUGGUUUGAAAGAUUAUGUGAAGGCUCACUACCCACUGGGACCUGUUUGGAACGCCUCAGGGAAGACUAUAGCAACUAAUCGAGGUGGCCCUCCUCCUCCACAAGCUCCAGCUGCGGCACAAUCUUCAUCUUCGCGCCCUCAACAAGGGAUGUCUGCUGUUUUUGAUGAAAUUAAUUCUGGAAAGUCAGUUACUUCUGGUCUUAGAAAGGUCACUGCUGAUAUGAAAAGCAAGAACCGUACAGACAGAAGUGGUGUUGUUUGUGUUGCUCAGAAAGAAAGUCAUGCUAAGAAACCUUCUGUGACCAAGACAGGACCUCCUAAAUUUGAGCUUCAGCUUGGUCGGAAAUGGGUGGUGGAGAAUCAGAUUGGGCAAAAGGAACUAGUAAUCGAUGAUUGUGAUGCAAAGCAGACAAUAUACGUAUAUGGGUGCCAGAAUUCUGUUCUUCAAGUCAUUGGGAAAGUGAACAACAUUACAUUGGACAAGUGUAGCAAGAUGGGGCUAGUCUUCGAGGAUGUUGUGGCAGCUUGUGAGCUUGUCAACUGCAACUCCACGGAAGUGCAAUGUCAGGGCGUGGCACCUACAAUUUCGAUUGACAACACUGAAGGAUGCCAACUGUACUUGAGCAAAUACUCUUUAGAGACUUCCAUAACUACAGCCAAGUCUGAAGUCAAUGUAUUAGUACCCGCGUCUGAAGCAGGUGGCGACUGGAUAGAGCAUCCUUUGCCAGUGCAAUACAUUCAUGUAUACAAGGAUGGCCAAAUUGUUACAACUCCAAUGGACCACUCUGGAGGCUAAAUCGAUAUCAUCACAUCUUGGUGCUAAUGUUAUCCUCUCUAUUUUUUGGCAUUUUGUUCUUGUUGAAUUUUUAUUUUAUUUUAUUGUUAGGCUCAUCAUAUUUUGAAUUGUUGUUGGUUAAUUAUGCCCUGCUGGCAGUUUGUUUUAGGAUUCAAUUGUUAUAUUUAUUACACAUGUUUGUAUAAAUCACAGACAUAAAGCUACAUUCACUCCAAGCUAUUGGACUUUAUCGAGGUUUAGUUUCA